AUGAAUUCAAUUCCUAAAUAAAUUAAGAAUAUACUUAGAGUAGAAAUUAUACUCAUAUUUGUCUUAAUCAUUUUCAACAUCACUCUUUACUUUUUAAAUAUUGCUGAAAAUAAACUUAAAACUUGUGAAUUAUCAUUUAAUGCAAUAGAAAGGUGUUAUAGUUUUGAUCAUAAAUUGAUAUACAAAUAAAGAAUGACCAGGACAUAAUGUGAUUACUGCACUGUAUUACUCUGGUUAAUGCCAUCUAAUAUUCUUAUGCUUUUUAUUAUGACUCUCAUAAUCAUUAAUAAGAGUAGAUAUUACAUUAAAAAUUUUAUGAAUAAAUUACAUUUAGUGGAAAUAAUCUAUUUUGGGUUGUAAUUUGUUUAUAAUCUAUUUAUACUAUUCUAUAUUUUUAAAAUGCCAAUAAAUUAAAAUUAUAAUACUAAAUUAGCUCCUUUGAUAAUCUUAUUCAUUGAAUCCUUAAUCAAUUGUUUUAUUUGCAUAUUGAUAAAAAUAGAUUAAAUCUAUACAACUAACUAUUUACGUGAAACUAAUAAGAAAGAAACUCAAAUGCAAAUUUAGCUCUUAGUGUGA